AUGACGACCUCAGGAACAACCUCUACAGUCCACUCUUCCAAACCACAGGAGAGUAAGAAACGCAGAAAAAAAUCGAAUGAUAUAAACGGAAAUGCUCAUCGAUCAGGCUCAUCCAAUCCUAACUUGGCAUUGGAUGUCCCACCCUCGAAAAAUGGGACCUCGAUUAGAAAGAGAAGAAAGGUGCAUAGCAUUACAGGAAAGGAGAGCAUUACAGAGCAUGGAACUGAAAAGCAACAACAAAAUGACUCCAAGAAGCUCAAUAGCAAGGAUACAACCGAUGAAGUACCUGAACAAGACAACGCGAAGCUCAAUAUGGAAAAAUCUGAACCUGAAAAACUAGCUAAUGAUGAAGAUGGUCGGAGUCAAGGUUUACCGUACGAUGACACUAAUUCCUAUAACAAGAAAUCAGGAGAACUAAAUCAGGAGCAGCAGGAGAGAUUACUAGCUGCUGCUAAUGCAAUAAUGGAGGAAGAUAUGAUUCCGACAUUCCCAGAAUCUGAAACCUUAACCGAUAAUGGCCAAUCCACUACGCAAUUGUAUACAUCCAAUGGAGUUGAUGCACUGUUCGAUCAUUCUUCGAUAUACCAGAAAUAUGUACACAAAAAGCCAAGUCAAGUUGGACCGCCCGAACUUCCCAAAUUCAACUAUGACAAUAUUCGAGAUACUGAUGACUUGAUUUUGGAAACAUCACAGAGGGCAAAUACAUGGUUUUUGGAAAAUGUACCUGAGAAUAAGCGAGGGAAACCACGGCCAUUCACUGAUGAAGAAGAUGCAAUCGUUGACUAUUAUUUAGCAGGUUUUUGCCAUUUUAAGAAAUGGGAUAGAAAUGAUUUGUGUAACAGAAUAUGGACAAAUGACCGAACGAAGGACAAAUUUUGGAAAAAAGUGUGCAAAGCAAUUCCUUAUAGAACACAAUCCAGCAUUUAUAAGCAUAUCAGGAGACGCUAUCACGUUUUCGACGUGAGAGCAAAAUGGAAUCUAGAGGAUGAUGAGAAAUUAAAAAAUCUAGCUGUGACACAUGAGGGACAAUGGAAAACAAUUGGCGAAAUAUUGGGGAGGAUGCCUGAAGAUUGCAGAGAUAGGUGGCGAAACUACAUCAAAUGUGGACCAGGACGAACGUUGCAAAAGUGGACACUAGAGGAAGAGGCCAAAUUGAUAAAUGUUGUCAAUGAGAUGUUGCAUAAUCUAAGAAAUCAAGAAGAUAAAAGUGAAGAUGCAACUAAAAUCAAUUGGACUGUAGUGAGUGAGCGCAUGAACGGAACGCGGUCUCGAAUUCAAUGUCGUUACAAGUGGACGCAAUUGAACGAGAAGCAGAAUCGCAUUGGGUUACCCAAGAUGACUUGUGAAACAAAGCUUUGGCUUUUGCAGAAGAUUACCAAGAAACAUGCAAAAUCUUUGGAGAAAGUGAAGUGGCACAAGGUAAUGAAGAGUUAUGCAAGAGAUAAGCCGGAUAAUGCAGGAUGGACAAAGAGUGAACUCGAAAAAUAUUUAAACGAAUUGAUCAAUCAACAUCCAGAGAAGCUAGAUUUUCAAAACGUUAUACAAGAUGAAAUUACAAAAUUGAAGUCGAGCAAACCGGAGUCGCGUUGA